AUGGAUUUGGAUGAAUUUGCAAAACCGAAUUUCGAUCCUAAAAAAUGGAUAGAUAACAUGACGAAAGACGUUGAUAAAGGAGAAGAAAGAGAGAAAUCCGUUAUGAGUUUAAUUGCCAAACUUCAAGUACAGUUUCAUAGAUUAAAUGGUGAUUUCGAAUCGACGGCACGUGACGUGAUACAUCAUUUGCCCAAAAUAAAUAAGGAUGCUGGCAAGCUGUCAGAAGAUGCGGGUGAUUUGCAAGAUAAAAUGAACGCCGUACGAGAUGAAAUUGAUAAAAUUAAAAAGAACACGGAUAUGACGAUAUCGUCAUUGGAAAAAAUCGACAGGGUUAAAAUGGAAUUGAUGAAAUAUAAGGAAGCUUUGCACGAAGCUGACAAAUGGACAAUGUUGAGCAACGACAUAAAAGCUGCUUUGGAUGUCAGAGACAUUGACACUGUCACAUGUAAAGUUUUGACAAUGCAACAAUCUUUGAGCAUAUUGACAAAUGCUCAUGAUUACGAAGAUAAAAAAUUAGAAUUGGAAAGUUUUAAAAAUCAAUUGGAAGCCAUGGCCAGUCCACUGUUGUUGCAAGCGUUCACUUCGAAAUCAAUCGAGCAAUCUAAAAAAUAUGUUGAAACGUUUAAAAGCAUAAACAGGUUGCCACAACUUUUGAAACUUUACUCUCAGAAUCAAAAAUCAUUAUUGAUACAAGCGUGGGAAAUAAUGAGCGAUGUUGACUCUGAUGAAAAUGUUGUCGAAUCAUUUCGAAAUUAUUACAAUACACUGUAUUCGACAUGGAUUGAACAAAUCAAAUGGUUUGAUUGUGUGUUCUCUGAGAAAACCGGUGUCGACGUAUUGUUGGAACUGUUCAAAGAUUUAUGUCAAGCAUUGAGUCCGAAAUUUAUCAAACACAUGGACAACAGUUUGAAACAAGUGUCAGAACCUCUCAUCUUGCUCAUGGACCUGAAAACAUGCGCUCAACAAUUUGCCAACAAUCUCAAAUCAGCAAUCGGUACAUUGAGCAACAAUUCAAACAUUGAUAAGGUCAAAAGUCUCGGGAAGGCAAUUUAUUUACCCUACAAAAAUCACAUAUCCAAGUAUGGAGUAUAUCAGGAAGCAGCUCUUCAUCCUCACCUGGCCUCAUUGAACGUUCUGACUGACGACAUAAUGGAAUCCGUUCAAAAUCUGGGUAGUCAAAAUUCCAAAGCGUUCUCUUAUUUGGACGAUGCAAAUAAUCUUUGCGUGAAUUUGACGGAAUCCUGCGGGUAUCCCGGGUACCUCAAAGUCGCAGAAAAUUUUUUAAAUUCUUAUUUGAAUCAGUACAGGCUCAUAAAGAAGAAAAUAAACGAAAGUCAACAGAAAAACUACGAGGAAGUCAACAUGUUUCAAAUGUGUCUCAACAUAUUGCAAUAUUUGGGUAAUUUUUUAAACCGGGUCAAACAAUUGGAUCAAGAAUGCAUGUUGAAUUUAACAAAAGUCAAAAUGGAAUAUUCAAAACCGGAUGUUCAUCCAUUUUACAAUUAUCCGGAAUUAUUGCUCGACGAGACGAAGAGAGGAGAAUUCGACAACGUUCUACGAAAUUUGUCGGAAACGAAUCAAUUGAACGAAUUCAAAUCCGUUUUCGACAACGUGAGAGAUUUGUGUCGAGAUGUUUACGACGCGUCGUAUAAAAUAAUGUUCGAACCAAUAUUGACGAUACUCAAUUCUUUGGGUACGUCAAUGUGGGAUGUGAAAAGGGGAACGACGACGUCGACGUCGGAUUUACCGGAUUACAGUUUCGUGCCGCAAGAGUACAUAACGCAAAUCGGACAGUAUUUGAUGAACAUGCCGCAACUUUUGGAUCCUUUUUCCCUUUCGAAAAAUUUAGAACUCGCUCUGGCUUUGAGCUUGGUCGGAUCGUAUUAUUCCGAAUUGCUCGACAGCACCGCGACGGACGAAAAUAGUUUUGCGGAAUUGUUUCUGAGUCAAAUUUCGAAGGGAACGUGCAAAGCGUAUGCGAAACAAAUUUUGGCAAUACAAAAACUGUCGAAUUUCGCAUCGAAACAAUUGGCGACGGACAUUAAUUAUUUGGGUAACGUUCUCGAAGACAUGGGAUUCAAUUUGACGAAGAAAUUACAGGACAUUGCAAUUUUGUUGAAACUCUCACCUCCGAGUUCCGUGCAAAGUAUCAAAGCGUUGAAAAAUUCCAAAAAUGUCAACUGUUUGGAAAAAUGA